AUGGACUCAGCAAAGGCAGCAGUUAAGGACUUCAUGACCAAGUCAGGUCACCAUGACACCACUGUCCAUGAGAAGGUCGCUCCCGCCGUCACUCACGAGACGAUCAACAGGACCCAGCACGAAGAUGUUCAGACCGCCAUUGACAAAGAGGUUCACCAGGACCAUUACCACACCUCCGUGCAGCCAGUAGAGGACCGUGCUGUCCUCCCUGAGCAGCACCACCACAACAUCAUCCCUGUGGAGCACCGCUCAUUCGAGCACGAUAACGCCGAUGCCGUCAAGCAGCGCCUAGCAGUUGAGCAGGGCAAGUACCGCGAUGUGCAGGAUCGUGUUGAGGGUCAGCACACCAGCUCUGUCGCGCCUGUUGUUGCCGGCGAGCACAUCCACCACCACGUGCAUGAGACCAUCCAGCCUGUUGUCAACAAGCAGACCAUUGAGCCCCACGUCACGCACACCACUGUGCCAAUCCACGAGGUCCACCACAACGCUGCUCAGCACCACAGCUCUUCCGCUCUCCCAGCAGUCAGCAUGGCCGACUUCAAGAAGCAAGGUGGAGUCCUCGCCGGCCGCGAGGAGCGCUACGACGGCUUCCAGGGCGAGCCCCGUUCCAUCGGUGGCGAGACGUCCCAGAUGGGCUCUGCCGGUCUCCAGGGUGGCGCAACCGGACUUGGUGGUUCCAACACCCACGGCACCCACGGCCACCACAACGACCAGUCCGGCCUUGCUGGCGGUGCCGGUCUCGGCUCCUCCACCUCCCACGGCUCCUCCACCAGCCAAGGCAAGCCCAGCAUGAUGGACAAGCUCAACCCCAAGACCGACGCCGAUAGGGACGGCAAGAAGGGCAUCAUGGACUAG